GGGGGGCCUCCAUGGAGGCCCCCCAAUGUGGCAACACAAAUGGUUUGAGCAUCCCUCCGUUUCUAUCAUCAUUUGCUCUGUAUACCCUGACACAAUGCCGCAAGAACGCCGUUUUGAGUUCAAUGGUACCAAUGAUGCUUACAUCAAAUUCCUAGAAGCGAAAGUAGAGUCUCUUGAGGAGAGAGUGAUGUGUCUGCAGCGUCAACAAUCAUCAAACCCUCGUUCGCAGAAAGCACCAAUACCACCGAGUCGCAAGAAUUUUAUCUCUCUACAUCCUCAAUCACAAAGCAAAAUAGCUAGCCAAGCUGUCCGGAAUAACCAUGCAUUCUCUGGCCGUUUAGCUGGUGUUAUCAGCAACUUUCUUGCAUUAUUGCCCACACUUGCUAGCCAAUGGCGAGAGAAGAGACAGAGAACAUCCCUCGUUACCCCAGAGCAGGUCAUGCAGACCUUUCACACCCUCACACGCCUUUCGAGUCCUGUUGGUUCUACCAUAAGGUCCCGUCACAGCUCUAAUGCUAGUCCUAUAGAUAUCCUUGACGACUACUGCAUGUUUGCUAGUUACCUAAAGCAGCAGGCAGAACAACAGACUCAAUUAUCAAGAUAUGCAACGCUUCUGUUCUUGGGCAUUUGCUGCGUGGCUAGAGAGGCUGAUGUGGAACUAGACCAUGUCGAUAGCUGUAUCAAGACAUAUUUGGGAAAGACUACCUAUACCUCGGGUUAUUGCAAGCGACUGAGAAGAGCAUCAAAGUGGUGCGCCCAGCUGAUGGAAAGGCUAGAAGGGUUUAUAGGGGGGCACAGCCCUGGGCUGUUCUUGCUAUACGGCCCAGAUGUAGCCCUGUACCAGAAAUUGUCUGAAUCGCCCAGGUGUGCUGAAGACAUCCUGCAGAAGAUCACAAAGACCCUGAGUUUCCUCCGCAACGACACAAUCGAAGAGCCGGCCAUCUCUUUCUUGAUGCCAUUCAUGCUGGCCUUCAUGGGUCUUGAUCUCCAAUGUGUUAACAAGGCUCUGGGCACGAAUUUGUCAGAAGAGGAUUACGCCUCGCGAGCCAGAGCAGUGGAGAGCCUAGCAAGCCAUGACCAUAACGGGCAACAGCAACAAGGUACAGCGCUGGGGGGCAGCUAUGAACCGGAUGGUUUUCAACAUGGACAUAUUAUAGAAGCCUCUGUUCGUGAGUCUAUUAAUGGCAAUGGCAAUGAUGUGGAAUGGAUGAAGUUCAUAAAUUGGGGAAAUAAUACUAGCGAAAUGGAUAUUGCCAUAGCUGGGGACUCUUCCACUGGGGUGCUAUGAAGCUGAAAGGGAACUUGUCAGGCUACUCUCCCCAGUGUUCUCAGUUUCCUGGAAGGAUACCCAUAGAAAUGAGAUAUUUCCUCUUGCUAUCCGCACGCAUACACCUGGUUCAAGGAUAUAUAAUUUCUUCUCCCACUUCUGAAGUCUUGCUCUCUCAUUCUCUCGGUGAAAUGCGAUACGUGGUGCAUUAUCCAUAUUUAUCUCCCCAAUGGGUAUUAUAAGAGCGAUUUCUUUGCCCGGGAACACAGCACCCGAUCGGAGCAGAAAAGCGUUUAUGUUAUACUUCGAGGCCAGAGUCACCUCCCUUAUCUUGGACGCUUCGCUUUUGCCCAAGUCGACAAUAUCAUCCCACUCCUUAUGGUAUUGAAGACGGUAGAGCUCAAUAUCAAGCAGCGUUCCAUCGGGUCGUUUUAGCUCAAUUCUUGUCAUAGAUUCUUCGUUGAAAAUGGGCUUAGGUGCACGCAUAAUGUACUGCUGGAGUUCAAUAGAAGGAUCAAGAAUAUGAGCCAUUCUUUUUAGCGUGAAUAUUUGGGAAAAUAAAAGUAGAUAAAGGAAAGUCGUUCUCUGGAUAAAGAAAUGAAUAUCUUUUGUUUAGUGACGUGUCU